UCUACGUACACCCGCCCCCCCAUUGAGCGUCAGCCAACAAGAUCUUCUGCGCGCAUAAUUCUCUCCACGAACUCUAGUUCAAUCAACCUGGGCCAUAUCGUCGAGUCAGACAUAGCCCGCCUAGCAAUACCACCCAAGCCAACCACCACCACUGUCGCGCGUAUCCACUCACUCACUCAUCGCAACAGUUACCAACAUGUCUGUAUCUCAAGAAACUCUCCCGCCGAACGGCAACGAUUUACUGCCGUCAAUGGACCAACUGAAGCUCGAUGAUAACGAGCCUCGCCUGGGUCCUGAUGGCGAGCCUGCGCCGAAAACCGACGAAGAAUACGCCGUCGCGCAAUUGACAUUGCGCGCUAUUGUCUCCUCCAAAGAAGCCGGUGUCAUCAUUGGAAAGGGAGGCAAGAACGUCGCCGACUUGCGCGACGAGACAGGAGUAAAAGCCGGCGUAAGUAAGGUCGUACAAGGCGUGCACGAUCGCGUCUUAACCAUUUCGGGCGCAUGCGAAGCGAUAUCUAGAGCCUAUGCCAUUGUCGCGAAGGCCCUGCUAGAGGGCGCUCCUGCGAUGGGAAUGGGAGGUGUCAUCCAAAGUACCGGAACGCACCGUGAGACCCCUUCCUUCACUAUUGAUUCGCUACAACAGACUAAUUCGCUUCACCUAACUCAAGAGAUUAAACUACUCAUAUCGCACAACCAGAUGGGUACUAUCAUCGGCCGACAAGGCCUCAAAAUCAAACACAUCCAAGACGUUUCGGGCGUGCGCAUGGUGGCGCAAAAAGAAAUGCUACCGCAAUCGACAGAGAGAAUCGUCGAGGUGCAGGGAACACCAGAAGGCAUCCAGCGCGCCAUCUGGGAAAUUUGCAAAUGCCUUGUCGACGACUGGGCGCGUGGCACUGGAACAGUGCUUUACAAUCCUGUCGUCCGAACGGCACCUGGCGGUGCGGGGUCUCUUGGUAGUGCUCCUAGCACUGGUAGUGGGGCAGCUUACGGUUCCUCUAGCAGAGGUGAUUACGGUGGCACCCGUGUGAUGCGAACAGGAAACGGUGCCGACUUUAGCAAUGGGGGCGUACGUCCGUAUAAUCGCCGAUCGGAUUCUGAUGCAGCCACCCGUGGACCACCAACGCACGAUGAGAAUGGAGAAGAAAUCCAAACCCAAAACAUCAGCAUUCCUGCAGACAUGGUUGGAUGCAUCAUCGGUCGCGCCGGCAGCAAGAUUAGCGAAAUUCGCAAAUCUUCCGGCGCCCGCAUUUCUAUUGCCAAGGCACCUCAUGACGAUACUGGCGAGCGAAUGUUCACCAUUAUGGGAACUGCUAAGGCUAACGAAUCUGCGCUCUUUCUUCUCUACGAGAACCUUGAGGCGGAGAAGAUGCGCCGCAGCCAGGCGCAACCACCCGAGUAAUCACCCUCAACUCGUUUCGAUAUGCAUGGCCGUCAUGGAGGGGCCAGGAAUUGAUACAAUCUAUCCGGAGUAUUUCUAGUGUUGGGUCUGAUUUGGCGACGUACCCUGCGUUUAAGGGGGCACUUCAGAUUUAACUUGCCGCAAGGCUGACCUCCCUUGGUUUGGGCGGUUCCUACGAUAUGACAUGACGAUGAUUUUUUCUCCUUGUUCAGGGGCAAA